AGGGGAGCUCGGAUCAUGGCCUUGGGGCUCCGCAAGCUGCUGCUGCUUACCUCCAGCUGCGCCUUUAAGGACCAGCGAAAAAGAUGGGACUCAAGUCCAGGAAGGCAGCAGCUGCGGGGAACGCUGGUGGCGGGGAGCAAGACGAGAAGAAAGUAGGACUCGCGGCUGGGGAUCUGGAGCAAGGUUCUUUGGCCUUGGGAGCUGGAGCCGAUAAAGAUGGGACCCUGCUGCUGGAAGGAGCCGGGAAGGGAGAGGGGGGGAAGAGGAAUCCGCAAGGGAUUGGGCUUUUGGCCAAAACACCUCUGAGCCGACCUGUCAAGAGGAACAAUGCCAAGUACAGGAGGAUCCAAACUUUAAUCUAUGAUGCCCUGGAGAGACCCAGAGGGUGGGCGCUGCUGUAUCAUGCCUUCGUAUUUCUGAUAGUUCUGGGGUGUUUGAUCUUAGCCGUCCUAACAACUUUCAAGGAAUAUGAAACUGUUUCAGGAGACUGGCUGCUGCUGUUGGAAACAUUUGCCAUUUUCAUCUUUGGAGCAGAGUUUGCCUUAAGAAUCUGGGCUGCUGGGUGUUGUUGUCGCUAUAAAGGAUGGAGGGGGAGGCUCAAAUUUGCCAGGAAGCCUUUGUGUAUGUUGGAUAUCUUUGUGUUGAUUGCCUCUGUGCCGGUGGUAGCUGUUGGGAACCAGGGCAAUGUUCUGGCGACGUCGCUCAGAAGUCUGCGCUUCCUUCAGAUCCUGCGGAUGCUCCGAAUGGACAGGCGGGGAGGUACAUGGAAGCUUUUGGGAUCAGCUAUUUGUGCACAUAGCAAAGAGCUCAUCACUGCUUGGUACAUUGGGUUCCUGACCCUUAUCCUCUCCUCAUUCCUUGUUUACCUGGUCGAGAAAGAUGUGCCUGAAAAGGAUGCCCAUGGAGUCGAGAUGAAAGAAGAGUUUGAAACCUAUGCAGACGCACUGUGGUGGGGGCUGAUUACCCUAGCAACAAUUGGCUACGGUGACAAGACCCCCAAAACUUGGGAGGGGCGGCUGAUAGCAGCCACAUUCUCUCUUAUUGGAGUUUCAUUUUUUGCUCUUCCUGCCGGCAUCUUGGGUUCAGGGCUGGCUCUGAAAGUCCAGGAACAACAUCGUCAGAAACAUUUUGAGAAAAGAAGAAAGCCAGCGGCAGAACUUAUACAGGCUGCCUGGAGGUAUUAUGCUACUAACCCCAACAGGAUGGAUCUCGUCGCCACCUGGAGGUUUUAUGAAUCAAUUGUAUCGUUUCCAUAUUUCAGAAAAGAGCAAUUGGAUGGUACUGCCAGCCAAAAGCUGGGUCUCUUGGAUCGGGUUCGUGGUACCAAUACUAAAGGAAAGCUAUUUACCCCUCUGAAUGUAGAUGCCAUUGAAGAAAGUCCUUCUAAAGAGCCUAAGAAUGUUGGCUUGAAUAAUAAGGAGCGUUUUCGCACUGCAUUCCGAAUGAAAGCGUACGCCUUUUGGCAAAGCUCCGAAGAUGCAGGAACAGGGGAUCCCAUGACUGAAGACAGGGGUUACAGUAAUGAGUUCCUCAUGGAAGAUAUGAUCCCCACAUUGAAGGCAGCCAUCCGAGCUGUCAGAAUAUUACAAUUUCGUCUCUAUAAAAAGAAAUUCAAGGAGACUUUGAGGCCUUAUGAUGUAAAGGAUGUGAUAGAGCAAUAUUCAGCAGGGCACCUUGAUAUGCUUUCCAGAAUAAAAUACCUUCAGGCAAGAGUAGAUAUGAUUUUUACCCCUGGACCUCCAUCUACUCCCAAGCAUAAGAAAUCCCAAAAGGGAGGAGCUUUUUCUUACCCUUCACAACAAUCUCCCAGAAAUGAUCAAUAUGUAGCCAAAGCAUCCACAGCAGAUACUGAAGACCAAAGUAUGAUGGGCAAAUUUGUUAAAGUUGAAAGACAGGUUCACGACAUGGGGAAGAAACUGGAUUUUCUAGUCGAUAUGCACAUGCAGCAUAUGGAGCAGCUGCAAGUACAAGUCACUGAGUUGUGUCCUUUGAAAGAAGCUGCCUCCCCAGCAGAAGAGAAGAGAGAGGAAAACAGAUACUCUGAAUUGAAAAGCAUAAUCUACAAAUACUCUGAGCCUUGCACUCAUGAAACUCCUUAUAACUUCCACCAGGUUCCAGUACACAAAGUCGGUCCAUAUGGUUUCUUAGCACAUGAUCCAAUUAAUUAUUCGCGCCCUUUUUCAUUAGGUGGGCAAAACUCUGGCAAGUUGCAGGCCAUGCCUUCGUCGACUUCAUAUGCAGAAAGGCCAACAGUUUUGCCUAUACUCACAUUCAUAGACUCCCGAGUUAGGUACCAGUCCCAAGGGGACCUGCAGAGCCCGAGUUCUGACAGGAUAUCUCCUAGACAGAAAAGGAGCUUGACAAGAGACAGCGACACCCCAUUAUCCCUUCUUUCCGUCAACCAUGAGGAGCUUGAACGCUCCCUGAGUGGAUUCAGUAUCUCCCAAGACAAAGAAGACUUCCCUUUUGGUCCAAAUGGGGGAUCAACCUGGAUGAGAGAGAAACGCUACCUAGCAGAGGGCGAAACAGACACAGAUACUGACCCUUUUACACCAAGUGGCUCCAUGCCUCUGUCUUCAACAGGGGAUGGGAUUUCAGAUUCAAUAUGGACCCCUUCAAACAAGCCAGUUUAAAAAUGGUUGGAGGGGAGGGGUCACUGGUUGACUUCUCCGUGUAAUGUAAACAUACUUUGUAUAUCUCACUUACUGUACACCCAAAGCUUACUAGUUCAAAAGACCGAUGGCUGCAUAAGAUGCAUGUGGUAUUAGUGGUAGUCAUUCUGCACCAUUUCAUACAAUUUACUAAUGCAGUUUUUUACAUGCUACCAAAACUAAGCAGCAUAGUUUUGAGCAUGGUUUGCAUGACUUUACACUAUAUAAAUGGUACAGCUAAUUUCUUCUGUGA